AUGAACAAACGCGUGACGGUCGUCAGGCAGCAGUAUGUCGAAUUCUUGUCACGGGUGGUCUGUUGGCUUUGGGAUAGCCUGGGCCAGUUAAUGGACAUCUUGUUCGAUUUCCUGGCGAGGCUAAUCGAGCUGAUACUAGCGGUGGUGAACCUGAUGUUCCAGGCGAUCUGUUUCCUAAUGGAUCUUUGGAUCGACACUGUACAAACGUUCGCGAACAUUUUCCGGGGAAUCGUUAAUGUCGUCAGGAACAUCACUGGCGAGGAAGUUGAAGAGUUCGCCUCCGCCUGCAUCGUCGUUUUUCUUUGGAUCUGUUUCUUCAGAGUCAUCAAGAAUUUGUUCGCUCGAGUAGGACUUUUAUGUACAUCUUACUGACAAUAUCAUAGAGCUAACCGUCGUUUG